CAGGGAUGUCCUGCGAGCGCUGAGGCUCUUUCACCAGGAAGGGAAGCAGAAUUAAACCAGCAAAUGUCUGCCAAUGUCGAGGCCUAAAAUCAGAACUCUCUUCUCUGCUGCAAAGGAGCUAGGCAGAAGACACAGACUUAUCCCGAGCAUGAAUCAAAAUUGACGGAGCUGCACUUCUGGUGGCUGACCCUUCUGAAAGGAUGGCCGGUCCCAACAAGUUCUACGAGAAGAUUACCUGCGACCGCAUAAAAGACUUCCAGUGGAUCGGCCAAGGGGCCUUUGGGGACAUCUAUCGGGCUCGGCAUCGAGACUGGGGGAUUGAUGUUGCGGUGAAGAUUCUCAGCCGAAAUACUUCCUGUACCCAAGAGGAACUCCUGAAUGAAGCCCGUGCCAUGGAUGAGGCACGUUUCAUCUACAUUCUCCGUCUGUUUGGCCUCUUUGUGAAUGAAGUGAAGACGGACUCAAAGAUGGCAGGCUGGGGAGAGGCACCUAGCCUGGGCCUUGUGAUGGAGUUCAUGGAGAAUGGCAAUUUGUCUGCCCUAUGGCGUCGGGUCCCAUCUGUUCCAUGGGCCUUGAGAUUCCGCAUCCUCCACCAGGUGGCUCUGGGGAUGAAUUUCCUACACAGCCUCAGUCCUCCACUGCUACACCUGGACCUCAAGCCUAGCAACGUCCUACUGGAUGGGGAGCUACAUGUCAGGGUGGCUGAUUUUGGGUUGUCCAAAUUCAAACGGGGGACUACCCAGCAUACCAGUCUCGGCGGUGGAGAAGGAGAUGGCUAUGGGGGAACCCUGGAAUUCAUGCCUCCAGAGGCCUUCACUGAUCUGAAUUACAAGCCAACCCCAGGAACAGAUGUCUACAGUUAUGGAAUCCUCAUGUGGUCAUUGUCAACCUGUGAGGAACCUUAUGCACACAUCCACCAUGGCAAUAUGAGCUCCCUGGUCAAAAUACUUAUCCCCCAAGGCCAAAGGCCCAGUACUGAGGGGUUGGAGAAGAAGAUCCAUGAAGUACAGAAACUGGAAGACCUGAUCAGGUUGACAAAAUGGUGCUGGCAUAAUGACAAGACCCAGAGGCCAUCUUUCCGAGACUGCAGCCAUGAGACGGAGGAAAUGUACUUCUGUUACAAGCCGCAAAUUGUGGCUGCUGUGCGUGAAGUCCAAGAUAUUUUGAUGCAGAUGGACAGUUCUCCGGCAAGGGGGACCGGGCCUGCCUCCAGUCUUACGUUUGAGGAAACCAAUUCCUUCGGUUUUAGGCACAAGAACAUGCAUUCCAUACCACUACAGUCCCCUUCCUUGGGAACAGAGGAAUGUUUUGAGACUUAUCGCGUGCAAGAAUCUCCAUCCAAACAAAACAAUGCCGAACCUACUGGCAGUGGACAGAAGAGGAUGCAAGAGUUAAAAUCUUCCCCACUCUUUCACCGUAGUUCUAGUAUGGUUUAUAUGAGAGGAGAAGAAGGGUGUAGCAAUGACAGUCCUGGUUCAAGGGUGAAUAUGAGGUCUCGACCCAAGCCCUCAGAAGUUAAGCCACGUCCCUUCUCUGACACGUAUCAGUUCCCACCCUAUCACCCUGGAUUCCAUCCUUUUCAACAGUACCCAACCGAUGCUGGAUUUUUGCCCAGGGAUCAGUCCCUUCUGUCCUACUUCAGCCAAGCCUCUCCACAUGGAAGUGGUGGAAUCAAUAUCGUUGGCCAUGGCAUUUCAGGGAUCCAGAUUGGAUCCUGUAAUUCGAUGCAUCUUGACUCCGUUCUUGGAAACAACCUCAGGAAGAAGAAAUAAUCUUUGACACCUGCCCCCCCCCAUUGAGUUUGGAUAAUUUUUAAAAAAACAACAUUCCUCGGCUCAGACGCAUCCCUAACACAUAAGCUCCGUAAGGAGAAAGUUCGUCAUUUUCCCGGUUCCCGUAAUAACACAGGAGUAGCUUUGCAAGGAUCAGACCCCAGUUGGCUUGCCAUCUAAAUACAACUGGUUACUUUGAAGAGACGCAAUGGAAUUUUGCCGCCAUAUGUAAGCCCAUCAAGCAGUCUUACCUGGUCACAUCCGUGGUUCAUCUUGUCCAGUGUCCAGCGGUGAUAUGUGGCAGCAGCUUCAGAGCAAAAUGUAUUUGAUCUUGAGCCAGACUCCUGGGAAAUAACUGUACAAUUUCUUCAGGGAACUUGUGGACCGGAGUCUGUGGAAUGAAAGUCAAAGUCAAGACUGUACCUGUCUUCCUCACCUGCCAAAUCCAUACAUUAUCAUAGGUGCUAUUCCUAUUUAGGACUCCACUUCUGGGUUCUGUAGCAGAGAAGCUAGCGCUUAGUUCCAGCAGUACUUUAUGACGAGUGGACAGAUCUGGCAAGAAUUACGAUUUUCCACGUGAAAGGGCAGGCUGGUGUGUAAUAAGGCACUACGUGGUACGUGCUCCAUCUCACUGCCUGAAGUGGAAAGCCUGGAGGCUCAACUCACAAGUAGAUUUGCAGGAUUUCCUUGGUUGCAAGUGACAAGUGGCAGACGCCUCUGCCUGUUGACUACCCAUGAUACCAAACGAGCAAAGAUCUUAUCACCAAACAAUGAACUGUGAGGUUAUCGAAAACGAUUUUUUUCCCAAUUUGAAAUGGGUUUUGUUUUUAAUGUUUGGAGAAACUUUUUAAAAAUAUGUAAAAAGUUCAGUGCCAGGAGAGGUGAGAAACUAAAAGCAACUUUCAGGUCCAGCACCUUAGAGACCAACUAGU